AUGAAAAACGUGCAAUAUCAUAGUUUAUUGAAAGCAAUCUUACUGCUAUUGGUGUCAUUCUUACAUAAUGUAUCCGCAGCAACAAUAGAUUCUAGCGGGACUAUACAAUCAAUUUCUUACGCGGAUUCCAUCACUCAAUUUCAAAUCAUUUCACAAGCAAGUUAUGAUGAUGGCACAAUUUUAUUAAGAUUUUCCCCUCCAUCAAACAACUGUAAAGAAUCAAAAUUAUUUUUAAGGUUAAUUCAUUUAGAUGGAUCGAUUAAAGAACUUAACAUUGAUGUUUCUCGAAUUCCCCUGGAUAAUUUUUGCUUGCUUGACAACAAUAGAGUUUCGGACACGUCAUUUCUUCCAUCAUUAAAUGACUUAACAACGACGAAUCCAAACAACUUGAUAAAAGAUUAUAUAAAAGUUUACGCAUUAUCACCUGGAUAUAUAAUGGUCACGUAUUAUUGUGGAUUAUCAUUGAAUUUCAAUUUAUGUGGGAUGACAAUCAAUUGGGAUGGAACCAUCCUAAAUGUCAAGGAUUUAGGAGAUGCAUGUACGGAUAGUGAGAUCGUUCGAAAUAUCAAUUCAGUAGGAUUCUUGUGGUUAUGUCAUAAGCAAGGGUCAGAUCAAUUGAAUUGGCAAAAAUUUAAUAUACCUGAUGAUUCGGGAUCUUUCGAGUCGUUGGCAUCGGGAUCCUUGAUGAACGUAAAUAAAUUUACCCGAAAUCUGACCCAAUUUUUCGCAACCGAAGAUGGAGGUUACGGUAUAGUGAUGGCACAAUAUCAAGCAAAAUCUGAUGCGGAAUUUAUCCCCCCAUGGACCAUUCACAUCGCGUUCAUCCCUUCGACAUCCAAUACCCUAAAAGGUCCAUUUCAAAUUUAUUCGCAAACAACGGAGAAUGUAAGACGUUUAGACAUAUAUAAAUGUAACAUAGCAUAUUAUUCUUACGGAUAUAGUUGUAUAAUACAUAUCAUAAGAUCAAGUGGGCAGAAAGUUUUUGUAAAUAUAGACUUCUUAUCUUCGGGAUCCAUUUUAAAUACUACAGAAUUUACUAUCGACGAUGAGGCCGUUGGAUCAACGGUCAAUGUAUUCGUUUGGGAUGUGUUAUCAUUAUAUUUUGGCGGUUUAAUUAUAAUAACCGAAAAUCCUUCAAACAAUGAUAUCCAUGGAAUUAUAUACAGUAAUCGAGGAACCUUCUAUAGUGAUUGGGACAUGCCAGCGGAUCAAUAUCAAUUCACUAAAAACGUUGGCGUAUUUCCAAACAAUACGAUUUGGGUCAUCGCGAAUGAUGGGAACAAGUGGACCUUAGUUACUUCCUCAUUAUUCUCAAGUUAUAGCACGAUACAGGGAGGUAAUUCCAUGAUUCCAGGCGGUCCGGGAGGGUAUGGAAAUGCGUUUGUAGGAUCCACCAUUCCAUCAAUUAAUUCAAUCGUCACAUUAAUGUCAACCCAAAAAUUACAAAUUAAAUACACGAAUCACAUACAAUUAUCAAAUGGGAACCUAUCUAUAAUUGACGUGAAUAAUAAAGUUGUAAGGCAAACCUUUAAUAGUAAUAAAGAUAAGAGAAAUUUCAUCCGAUUGAUCGAUAAUCAUACGGUGGAAAUUGAUGUGAUGGAAACUACCUUUAACAGGAAAAAUUCUCCGUAUUAUAUCUUGGUUGAUAAUGGUUUUGUUAAAGAUGCCAACCUUGAUCAAGCACUAUUGGGCAUUAGAAAAAACGUUUGGAAGUUGUCUACAAAUAAUAAUGGGUUGUAUAUGGAUGAAUCAUUUAUCGGCUCUACAAGUGCAAUUAUAAGACUAACUUACCUCGGAACAAAAUAUUUUAUGUCCCUAUCAACUAAUGAUCAACGUCAAUUCUCAAAGGAAUUAUCUUACCGACUAUCACUUGUAAUUCCAUGUGACGCGACUCGUAUAUCAACCACGAGUAAAUAUCAACUCGACAAAGAUUUAUCGACAAAUCAUAUAUUACUUCGGGUAUACAUUAAAAAGAGUGAGGGGGAUGUUAGUUCAUCCCAAAUCGUCAAUGAUCUGGAUUUAUUAAUAAGAAUGAGAGACCAUAACGCAAUGUCAACGGUAAUGGUCACGUCCCUUCUAGACGCGUCUUUUGGUGCAAAAUUAACACCGGAUUUGAAGAAAUAUUUUUACAUAAUGAUAGGGGUGGCACUUGGAUUCAUAAUAUUAUUCGUGAUAUAUUAUAUUGCACGCAAGAAAGACGGCGAGGCGAAUAAUAAAAUAAUAUUUACAUUCACAUUUAUAAUAGUAGAUUUUGCAUUAGAUAUUGCAUUCAUAAUAAUUCAUGGUAAUGAUUUACCCUGGAUAUCUCCAACAUGCAUCGUGUUUAUAGUAAUACCGAUAUUAUUAAAUUGUUCAUUCACAUACAUAAUAAUGAGUCGAGAAAUUAAGAAUAAUAAUAGAUUUUCAAGAUGGUGGAUAAAAAAUUCCAAAACGGCCCUAGUGUUUACCUCUAUUUUCGCCGUUGCUGAUUUAGAAGCAUUAAAUUGUAUAUCCUCGAAAUGCUCUGGUUUAGUGGGAUUAAAUGCCCCUUUUACGAAUAGAACGGAGCAUCAUAUAUUUAUUUUCAACACGAUCAUUAUUUUGAUCGAAGAUCUUCCUCAAUUAUUAAUCCUAAUAUUCUAUCAAGCGUACACGAUAUUACCAAAUAUAAUCCCAAUAUUAGCAUUAUCUUUUUGCAUAUUAGUACUCUUAACAAAAUUAUAUGGUUCGAUAUCUUAUUAUGUUCAAUAUCAUAAAUCCAAUGUUCCACAACAAACGUUUGAGAAAAAAUCAGAUCGUUUAGAUUCAAAUCAUUCUUCUUUCAGGUUUAGUUUGGACCCGUUACCAAAGUUUACAUCAUUUUCUGAGGAUUUUCUUAAAAAGAAACCAAAAAGGAGUUUCUUUAAUAGCGGACAAAAUUCGAAUGAUAGCAAAAGAAAUAGUAGUAGUAAAAUGAGCGGCAGUAGUAGAUAUGCCAGUGAAGCUGAAGGGUCCGAUUUAGCUGAACAAAUAAUGGUAUUAAAUAAGGGUAAUUUCUUGGGGAGAAAUGAAGUCACCGGGGAGCCAAUCUUUUUAUUAAGAGAUCCCGAAGAUUAUAACGUUUUGCCGCAAAAAAUCAAACAAUUACCUUAUGGUAAAUUGGUUGGAGAUAGCAUAGUUUCCGCUAAUUAUGAUCAUAGUAAUGUUAGCAGUAUUGCUAAUGGUAAAAGUAGUCGAGGCAGUAUUAGCACUGAAAGUUAUAAUAAGAGAUUAUCCGACGCUGGGAUUAUUUGUAGUACCGAUGAAUUUCAAUAUUCGUUAAAAGAUGAUGAUAUCAUUGAAGAAAUUGCUACGGAUCAGGAGAGGAGUACUAUUGAUCGUUCAAAUACUACCAGCAUUUGCACCGCUCUUUCUACUAAUAUAAGUACUUCUGCCUCUUCUCUAAAAACCGAUGAAACUUUGUUAGAUAAUGUUAUAACUAAAGAAAAUUCACCAAGGAAGAUUUCCAAGAAUUUAAGGUCAUCAACUAUUGAAAUAACGAAAACGACUGACUCCACUAAUAUAUAA